AUGCGGCGCGAGGCGCUUGCGGUGGUCCGUGCGACCUUGAUGAACAAGACGUCCACCGAUGCGGCCGUGAGCUUGAAAGAGAGCGAAGAUCAAUUCCUCUUUUUACAAGCGCUUCGACGCCGACCUAUCUCGCGCCACCACGUCGCCCUCCACAAUCGCGGAGUCGCUCACAUUGGCGACGACCGACCGAUCACGACGCCGCCAGAUGCGUCCGACAUGGACGUACUCAGCAUGGACCGCAACUCGAUGAUGUGCAAGGCUGUUGUGAUUCUGUGGCGCCACCAUGUGCGUAUGCGGGCUUGGCGGAAAUGGACGCUUGUCGCGGCCGCUGAGACCAAGCGUCUACGCGAACUGCACCUUCGGCAGCUACGCGACGAAGCGAUGACGCUGCUCCGUCAGUCAUCGCCCACCUCGUCCUUUGACGCUGACACCAUGGCGACGCUUCUCGAGUGGGCCAAGCAGCUUCACGGCAAGAUUUUUCAGGAUGUAUCCCACGAGCAGCUGCAAGACAUUGUCUCGCACAUGACGCUGCAGCACGUGCCGUGCCACGAGUGUUUGUUUCUCGAAGGCGACAUUGGCCACGGGUACUAUGUGCUGCUCUCGGGCGCAGUGUCGAUCUACGUGGGUAUGCCCGCGACAACGACCUUGCGGCUCGUCCAAGGGCGAUUCCCAGCGCUGGAGGCCAUUCGUCACGACCCCGCCUUGCUUGGCGUGUACAAAUAUGACAUUCUCGAAGGAGACGGCUUUGGCGAGGUUGCAAUGUUCAGCAACGAGCGGCGCCGCACGGCCUCGGCAUUGGCCAGUCGCGCGUGCGACGUGGUUGAAAUUCCCAAAGAGGUGUACGACCGGACGCUCCGAAAAGCGCAGCUGACAGCAUAUCGCACGGCGCAGGCCAUGGCCUUCCUGCCGACCGUCGAUAUUUUUGCCGACUGGGUGCAUGCCAAGCUCGCAACGCUCUUUGGUCUUCUCGAUCGGCGGCAAGUGUCCUUUGGCCAGCACCUCUUGACCCAAGACAAGCCCAUCACAGGUGUCUACUUCAUCUUGUCGGGGCAAGUGCACCUCGUGCAGUCGUGGACGACGCCCGCGAGCGAUGUUAAGCCGUCAACGACGCUACCGAUCACGGUCGAUACGGUCGGUCGUCGCGGGAUCGUCGGCAUCCAAAGCUUGGUCGAACCGCUGCGAAAACGGAGCAAGUACGCAGCGCUCGCCGCGUCGGAUUCGGUUGAGUGCUUCGCCGUGCCUUUGGGACACUUGGACACGUUUCGCGGACUGCUUCAGUCGAGCAAUUUAGCGCAUUUACGUGAUACGUGGCACGCGCUCGAGGCGGCGCGGGCAGCGCGUUUCGAGCAUGCGAUCUCGGUACUGCAAACAAACACGACCGCACUUCCACCCAAACCAACGCCUGUGGCGCCAGAGACCCCGGGGUGGACCCCGAAACUGCGGUUUGAGCGCGAUAAAGGACCGGCUACGCUACCGCAAAUGACGUCUCUCGCCGGCAAAAAGUUUGUGUUUCACGAUUUCGACUUGCUCGCAACAAAAGAGCCCACGUACCUCGCGUCAUCGUCACUGCCAAAGAUGACGCACGUCGCCAAGCCACCGCUGCGCAAGGACGAGUGCGCCAAAGUCGCGGCCUUGCAUUUGCGCGCGUUUGAAGCGCACCUGUGGGACACGGCGCCAAAAGCGUCACCGACGAAACCCGACGAUGUCCGGCGCCCCGAGCGCCCGCCGCUGCCGCCCUUUGCACGCAGCUUGGCGACGACCCGGUUAAAGGCACGGGCUGUCGCGGCCGAGCACACGUCGUUUACAAAGGCGCGGCGGGUCGUCCACGAGUCGCUCUUGUCAUACAAACAUGCGUUUUAG